GAUUGACUUCCUUCUUUCGAUAUCAAUCAUUCUCCAAUUUUUACUUCUAAGCCAGAAAUUGAUGGCAAUGCUGAGAGCAUUAAUGAGCUUGGCUAUUUCAGCCAUGCUCAUCAACUUAGCUAUGGCGGCAAACCACACAGUUGGAGGCCCAAACGGUGGGUGGGACACAUCGACUAAUGUCCAAACAUGGGCAUCAUCUCAAUCAUUUUUAGUUGGAGAUAAUUUGAUUUUCCAGUAUGCACCAAGCCAUGAUGUGGUGGAGGUUCCCAAGGCAGACUAUGACUCCUGCCAAGCAAGUAACCCAAUUCAGUCUUACAGUGGUGGCACCACAACCAUCCCACUCUCUUCACCAGGCAAGAGAUACUUCAUCUGUGGAACAGCAGGACAUUGCAGCCAAGGAAUGAAGCUUCAAAUAAACACUCUUGCAACAUCAGCUCCACCAACCCCAUCUCCUACAAUCCAACCACCAACUUCAGAAGUGACUCCUUUAGUUCCUACUCCAGCUCCAGAAGAAAGUGAUGCUCCCUCACCAACACAAACGCCUGCAGAAUCCACUCCCACAGUGCUGCCUCCUUCGCCAUCUGACUCACCAACACAAACGCCUGCGGAAUCCACUCCCACAGUGCUGCCUCCUUCACCAUCUGACUCGUCUUCGGAGGAUCCUUCAUUAUCACCCUCUUUUACUCCUCCAACUGAAUCUGAUCAAUCCCAUCAAACUUCUUCAACUGGAUCUUCAGCUGAAACACCUUCCUCAUCAGCUCACAAACAAGGCAGUUUUCUUUUUAAUAUCACAAUGGGGGUCAUCUUUGUAAUGAUUAUGCUUCAGGCAUACUAAGCAUAUCGGAUUAUUUCCUUGUGAAAAAUGUAAUCCGUGGCCAAAGUUAAUUUAACCUUAUGCAUUUGGGGAACAAGUUCAUUUAAAAGCAUUCAAUGUUA